UACGCGGACGACAUCACCAUCUGGUGCGGCGGCGGGUCGGACGCAGCGGUGGAGCAGGCUCCGCAAGAGGCCCUGGACGUCACGGAAGAAUUCCUCGAGGGCACGGGACUGGUCCUCUCGCCGACCAAGUCGGAGCUCUUGCUGUAUCGGCCCGACAGAAAGGGCCGCAAGUUCGACACGCCGCUGGAUCAAGUACCGAUCGAUCUCAGAACGAAGACGGGUCAGCGCAUCCCGAGGGUUGAUUAUCUCAGGGUGCUCGGACUGGUCAUCAACGCAAAGGGCAGCAACGUGCAAACGAUCGCGCGCCUGAGGGCGAAGACGGAGAACAUGCUCAGACUCGUUUCUCGAGUGACGAGCCGGAGGGGUGGCAUCAGCGAAGCCAACCUCCUAAGGAUCUACCACGCCUUCCUCAUGAGCCAUAUCAACUACGUGGCUUCCGCACUAAACUGGUCGCGGUCUGAGGAAAACAAGAUUGACGCACUCAUCAGGAAGAGCAUUAAACGAGUGCUCGGUAUCCUGUGACGACCAGCACGGAUAAGCUGAUGCAGCUCGGGGUCCACAACACCCUGAGCGAAAUCGUAGAAGCACAGAAAACGGCAGAGAUCGGUCGCCUGUCUGCCAGCAAGUCCGGCCGCCGAAUACUCGAGAUGGUGGGCCUCACCGCCAUGGCCGCGGAAUCGUGCGCCGUCCCCCUCCAACAGGAAGAAAGGGACGCCUUUCGAGUGGCCACAUUCCCGAGGAACGUUCACCCACAACACAACGAGGCCAGGCGCGCAGCCAGGGCCCGAGCACUCAUCAAGACUGCCCUGCAGAACCCAGAGCUCGCGUCCUUUGUCGACGCGGCGCAGUAUCCCAGAUCAAACUCGUACGCGGCCACGGUGGUUGAUCCCCAGGGCAAAAUCCUCAAUGCAGCGUCGAUCCAACACUCGACGGCGUCCGUCGCAGAGCAAGUCGCAGUGGCGCUGGCCCUGUGCGAUCCUGGGCGCACCCAGAUCUUCACGGACUCCAGGUCGGCAGCGAUGGCCUUUCUCGCCGGCUCGGUCUCGGCCGAGGCUGCGGAGGUGCUUAGGACCCGCAAGCCAGGCACGGUCCGUCAUGUCAUCACUUGGGUCCCGGAUCACAUGGGCCGGAACGUCUCUCCCGGCUCGAUCAACCCCAAUGAGCUGGCCCACGACCAGGCGCGAGGUCUCGUCAACCGCGCCAGUCUGAGGGGCCCGGCUUCGCAGGGGAUCGACCGGACCACGGACCCGCUGCUUACUUUCCACGACAUCACGGCUCACUACCAGCUGGGACGCAGGCAGUUCCCGGCUCCUCACCCGAAGCUCGGCAGACCCCAGGCCUCGGUGUUGAGAAUGCUUCAGACGGGCUCAUUUCCGUCUCAAUCCAGGCUGAGCCACUACGCUCCGGGUGUGGAUCCCCGUUGCCCCGACUGCGGCGAGGAAAGGCAAGAAGACUGGGAAGAAGCCGUCAAGAGCGACGACCUUCAAGUCCAGCUUCGGGCUGUCCAAAGGGCCUGCGAAAGGGCUGAAGAUCACGGUCUUCCGCCCCCGGUGCAGGUGCGGCCCGCGACUACGACAAAGUAGUCCCUUAGGACAAAAUAAAGUUUU